ACGCCGGUUUCGUGAGAUGGGCCUCACUUGCACAUCUUGCCGAUGCAGAGCUUGAUGCAGGCUGUGUUGCUCCUCCUUUGGGGCCUCACCUUCGCUGCGGAAAAACCGCCGAAAGGAGGUGUCAAAGAAUGCCAAGAUACUCCCAGCUGGUCAAAUGGGUGGUCUGGCUGUGCAUGGCUUCCUGGUGGGAAGGACCCCACGUUAUGUAGACCGACUAUCAACGCAAGUUGGCCAUCGACCGCAGGCUGGACUUGCGAAUACUACCGCCAGCAGGGUCUAUGUGGUGAAAAGAAUGGUGCUGUCAAGGAGAUUCGCCAGUCAGCAAGGGGGGCCCUACAUAACUGGCCGGAGAAGAACUGCUGUGGCUGCGAAUCUCAGGACGACACUACUUGCAAUCGGCAGACAGGAAAGCUUUGUGCCUUGGAAUUUGGCACUUGUGGAUUUUCACAGGGCCCUGCAUAUUGUCACAAUUUCACGCAAUGCUUGUGCCUCCCUGGCCAUUGUGCAGACUCGAGUGGCAUUUGCUCCCUGAGCACCAAAGAGGUCUUGACUACCAAUGUAACGCAGUCCAUGUGCAGAGAUACGCCAGAUUGGACGAAUGGUUGGUCAGGCUGUGCUUAUGAAGAGGGAGGCAAAGAUCCCCGAUUGUGCAAGCCAACCCUAGGAGCUGCAUGGCCGUCGACUUUGGGCUGGACAUGCGAGUACUACCGAACUAAGGGAUUAUGCAAAGAUGGCACCGUGGAAAAAUGGGCCAUGGGCGAAAUGCACAACUACCCGGAGUACAAUUGUUGUGGCUGCCAAAAGCCGUCCAGCACAAAGUGCAACAGGAAUACAGGUGGCAUUUGCCUUCUAGGAGUUUGUGAUAGCUCCAGAGGGCCAACAGAAUGUGUCAAGGGGCAGUGCCUUUGCCAACAAGGGCACUGCGGCACUACAACUGGCGUUUGCUCUCUGACCGUCGACUCCUACAAUCAGCCUUUGACACCUGAAGGUAUCCAGCAAGCAACUGGAAAAGCCACGGAUGCUGGGAUAUCGGCCGCUGAAGCUGCACGAUCUUCCGGCAAGAAUGCGGCAGAGGAUGUUGAUGCGGCUGCUCGCGCUGCAGGCCAGGCUGCUGUCCGUGCUGGACUCUCUGGGGAGGAUGCAGCCGAGGCGGCUGCGACAGCGGCUGGUGAAGCGGCAGUUUCUGCAAAAGCAACUCCGGCACAGGCAGCUGAUGCUGCGGCCAAAUGGGCUAGACAUGAGGCUGAAUCUGCUGGCUUGAGCCAGCACGAUCAGGCAAAGGCAGCUGCAAAGGCAGCUGCAAGAGCUGCUAGCAAGGCUGCUCGAGCAGUCUUUCUGACAGAGCAGCAGUCCAGCUAUGCUGCUUUCGCUGGUGCUGUGAAGGCUGGAUUAGAAACAGGGCUCUCAAUCGAGCAGGCGGAAUCCCUGGCAGCAGCUGGGAUGCCUCAUUCACACGGUGAAGGACAAGGUGCACGUGCUGACUUUGGCCCAGAUAUGAUCCAGGACUCUUCAAAGAAGGAUUCCAACCCGUUGUCACAGUUCUUAUUCGGGACAAAUUUUUUGAUCAUUGUGCUACUGGCUGGAGCAGUGGUCGGUUGCUUUUUCUGCCGGAAAGGCAUGAAGGGCAUGAAGACCCGAGCUCGCCACCGCCUCUCUUCAGAGGAUAGCAUACAGGAGACUUCGCCGAAUUUCAAGGAGCGCUUGCAUUCAUCAGACAGUGAACCAGAGUAAUACUGCAUUCUUCGUACUUUAAUUCAGAUGCCGUUC